AUGAAUAAGCAAGAAGAAGAGGACUCAGAACGAGAGGAAAUGCUAAGUGUCCAGAAAAAUGAUCCCGGGAAACUAAAGCAGCUAGGAAUGCAGCUAGUAUCUCCAGGGUUGGAUGAAGACAGAUUGAGCGAAAACAUGAUUUCGAAGAUCAAAAAAUCCAAGGAUAUUGAGAAAAACCAAAAGUUACUGAUAUCCAAACUCUCGCAAAAAGACGAGGAUCACACUGGUAGACCCCCAGCUAUUACAGUAUCUUCACCGGACAGAACUAUGUCUUUCAAAUCGCGGAAUCACUCUCUGAAGAGGAAAAGAAUUCCUUCAGCGCUAAACGUUUCUGGUGUACGAUCAUCUUCGCAGUGGCACGCAUCCAAAAGUGCCCCACCAAACAUAACAAGAUUUCCACAACAGCAAAUCAAUCCUAGAGUCAGAUAUAUGGGUAGAGUAGCCCCUGCCGCCCAAGAUUAUCCCUCUCCGACAGCGAAUCCAUACAUGACGGCGGCUUACCCUUUUCCAUAUACUGGAUUGCCACCAGUACCAUACUACCCGUAUAUUUCCACGCCAACACAUACUCAUUCAUACGAAGGGUGUUAUCCUCCAAUGUAUCCGACCCCCAUGUACAAUAGUGCUAUGACACCAGCCGAUAACCAGGCAAAGCGCAAGAAACCAACGAGGAGGUCAUCACACUGGGAUGAUUUGGCUUCGAGAAAAAAGAAUUAUAUCUCUAGACAACGCAGCGGAGAUAUCAUUACCAGUAGAACUGAUAGCGAGACAGGGAGCCCCGUCACAAAACAUGUGUUGAGCGAAGACGCAUCACUCAACGAUGACAUUGGUGAUGACAACGACAAAGAGAAGAGCAUUAGCGGGGAGAUAUAUCUGUAUGAUGACGUUUUCAAAUUUGAGGUCCGCAGUGACAAGGAUGAUUAUAUGAAAGCGUGUGAUAGAAUCUGGAACGAAUGGCAAAGCUUGAAAAAAUGA